AUGCAGAACCUGACCGACCUCCCAGUCAACACCACGACGUCCAACAGCAACCUCUCGGUCAUCGUGAAGGUGUGUGUGGUGAUGCCGAUCUUCAUAGCGUUCCUGUUCUUCAUCCUCCUGACGCUCUACACCUUUGCAUCUCACAGGCAGUUCUUUGACAGCUCGCGUUACAUGCUCUUCACUUACAUGCUGAUCAACGACACCCUUCUGCUUUUCUCCUCCGUCGCCCUCUUCCUGCUGGCCAUGGCUGAGGUUCAGUUCGCCAUCAUCUACUGUGCUCCGCUUUUAUUCUUCUCCACCGCCACCUUCCUAAACACACCGCUCAUCCUCUCCACCAUGUCCCUGGAGCGAUACGUGGCCAUCUUCUACCCGCUCCACCGUCCCGCCAUGUGGAGAUCUGAAUGGAUCUGGACCAUCAUUGUGAGUCUGUGGAUCAUCAGCUGCAUCUUGCCCACCGUUGACUUCAUCCUGAUGCGCCUCAAGCCUAAUGUGAACAUCCUGUCCACCCCAGUCCUCUGCAAGACCACAAUACUCAACGCUUCUCCCAUUCAGGCUUUAUUCAAAGUAAGCCUCAAUGGGAUCUUCUUCGCUGUGGUGACCGUGGUCAUCCUCUUCACCUAUAUUCGGAUCCUGAUGGAGACCCGGCGGAUGCGACAAGAUAGGGCAUCCGUAAGAAAGGCUCUACACACUGUGAUACUCCACGGUCUCCAGCUGCUCCUCAGCAUGAUGGCCUUUUCUCAACCCAUCGCAGAACUCUUGCUUGUCCAGCGAGUGAGCUUGUCUCAGGCAGAUAUGUCUUUUGUAUACUAUGUCUGCUUUAAUUUGUUCCCUCGGUUUCUGAGCCCGCUCAUUUACGGAAUCCGAGACGAAAAGCUUAAAAGUUACAUGAGGAAAGUCCUGCCUUGUUAUGGGGCACGUGUUGACCCGCAUAAACUAGAAACUAAAUGA